AUGCUCAAAGCCACCGCAAGGAAAAUGACGGAUCCAUACAAAUCGAAGCUGAAGCUCAGUGCCAGCCACAGUGGCUCCAAUCCACUGCCCGUCGAGCCGCUGCCGGAGGAGGCUACCAACGGCGGCCAGACAUCCCCCCAGAAGUUAAGCCUGAAGGGCAGCCAGCUGGGGGGGAGCAUUUUGAUUGGCAACUACAACUACUUGACCCAGCUGGAGGUGUGCGAAAACGAAAUGGAGGUCUUAGACCUUAGCUCACUGGCUCAGCUAGAGAUGCUUAAGUGUAGCCGCAACAAGCUCAUGGAGCUAAUAAUCAAUGCCACCAAUCUUCAGGCUCUAGUAGCUGAUCGGAAUUACCUGCACAACAUCUCGACUACAAACACGCAUCCUGUGCCGCUGAAGCUCCAGCGCAUCGACAUCUCCCACAACAACUUUAGUGAGCUGCCCAACUGGAUUGGAGCUUGUUCAGCCCUUGCCUUCUUGGAAGCCUCGCACAAUCGCUUAAGCAACAUGACAGGAUUGCUCCGCAACUACAGGAUCAGUCAGUUGGCCACCUUGAAUCUGGCUUACAAUGACUUGAAGCAAAUGGAGCAGUUGCCGGAUGCCUUUGGUAGUGUCCAGAGUCUCCAACUGCAGAGCAACGAACUGCAGGCUCUGCCGGAUAACUUCUUUGCAGUGACCCAUGCCCGGCUGGAAACGUUGAAUGUCUCCUGCAACAAGUUGGCUACUUUGCCCCGCUACGAACAGAACAACCACGCCGCCCUGGUGAAUCUAUUCCUGUCGGGUAACCAACUUAACGACACAAUUUUCGAGUCAUUGCACAAUGCGGCAAAGCUGAGGGUCCUUCACCUGGCCUACAAUCGUAUUGGACUGCUGCCCGCCACCUGCAUCCGCAACUGGCAGGAUCUGGAGAUCCUGGUAUUGUCGGGGAAUAUGCUGCAGCAACUGCCCGAAGAGGUGGCCACUCUUGGCCAGUUAAAAGUGCUCCGUUGCUGCAACAACCUUCUCCUGUGUACGCCACAGCUGGCCAAGCUGGGCAAAUUGAAGGUCCUGGAUCUUUCGCACAAUCACCUGGAUCGGGUCAAUCUGGUGGCUCUGGUACCCUCGCGGAAUCUCAAGUACUUGGACCUAUCAGGGAACCUUCAGCUGCAGGUGGACGAGCAACAAUUCAAGGUUUGUCAGACGCAAAGCCAACGUCAUUGGAGCCUUAUUGACGUGUCUGGCAACAACAGAGCCGCUUUGCCCACGACCACUCUCCGACAGGUGAAUGUUCAAAGGAGUCAGAACAAGUCGGCGCCGUGGAGUAUGGGAUUUGCGGAAACUCCAGGUUCUGGAGAUUGCCGAAAGCUUUCGGUCUGCCAGCUAAGGGCUCCCAACUAUGGCGGAUCCGAUGAAGCACUCUAUGGCAUGUUUGAGGCAAUGGAGGGCCAGGGUCGAGUGGCUCAGGAAAUGGUUCAACUCAUUCCCGAUCUGAUGAAGCAGGAGCAGUUGGUCAAGGACUCGGCUAUGAAGGAUUACAUCAAGUUCACCCUGCUGGCAGCGCAACAGCAAUGCGGGAGGGUAAGAAGUGCCGCCGUCUUUCAUCUCACCCGGACCCGCGCUCCUUCGAAGGUGAGGCCCCUAAAGAGCAAGCGUUAUGUCCUGCGUAUGGCCUGCACUGGACGACUGGACUCAUUUCUUGUGCGCAGAACCGCCCAGCUGCGUCUAACGGAAACGGAAACUGAACACAGUUCCACUAAGACGAUAAGAGAUCCACAUGUUUUAGAGCUCACACUCAGCAAUGACGACGAGUAUCUGGUGGUGGGCAAUGCUCAACUGUGGUCGGUGAUGGACAUUGAUCGCGCCGCCCGAGAGAUUCGCAAGGAGGAGAAUGCUCUGCUGGCUGCCAAGCGGCUGGUGGACAUCGCCCAGAGUCUGGGGGCGGAGGAGAACCUCAGUGUGAUUGUUGUGCGCUUCCGGCACUUGGGCACCGACGUUGAUCACCUCAUCCGGGAGUUGAAGCAGAGCGUCCGCAAGAAGCCAGCACCGGUUCCCGUGCCAGCAUCGAGUGUGUCUGUCUGCAAACGCACCUGCUGUGACCGGAGCAACGCCUGCCGGCACCGGGCUAUUGAUCAGGAGCCCCUGGCAGGACGGUCAUCGCCAAGUGGCCAAAGUGAUCGAGAUUUGCUGGCCAAGGAUAAGGAUGGGGGCGGCGACGAGUUCGUGCUGGCUCACGCCCGGGUCCUCCAGGAGGAGCAGCAGCUGGAGAUGCUCGACGAGACGGAGUCGGUGCUCUCGGAGGAGCAGUUCAAGUGCUGGGAGUACAUGUUGGAACAGAACACACAGCUCCUCUUCGACAAGGAACUAAACACCAUUUCCAAGUCCUUUACCAAGCAGCGUCCCAUGCCCAGUGCCAUUCUGGCCGCUCCGACUCCAGAUCGCAACGACUUCACCUCAAACCUGAUGCGCAGCGUGACCAACAAGUUCAUUUCCUCCAGUACACCGCAGCUGCAACAACCCCUGACCUGCUCCACACCCAACUCCGUCCCUCUGGGAUCUUUUCCACACAUCAAGCAGCCGGUCCCUGGACAUUUUGGCAGUGCCCUCUCCUUUCAGCAGGCACACAGCUAUGGAUACAACUUGUUUGAUGCCAAGGCACGAAAGUUCUCCGGAAGCUCUUCCAAGCGAGGAGGAGGACCCCAUUCCGCCUACUUCGGAUCCCUGCAACGCCUGAUGCCCUACAAUUUUGAGUACGACUUUGCUGUGACUCAAGAGCGGGAUCGGAACAUCCUGGAUGAGGAGGAACACGACGAGGAUGAGUUCAACGAGCAUGAGAGCCGCAUGCGGAAAUACUGGGGAGUGGCUACCACGGAACUCUAGUUUUUCUAUUUUAAUAAGGAUUUCCUCUUUUGAGGUAAUAGUUAACAUAAUCUUUAUAAGAAACUAAUAUUAAAACGA